GAGAGAGAGAGAGAGACGUUUAUUUGUUGAGCGUUUCCAUGGCAAUGCUUGUACACGGCGGAAGUGUCGAAUGUUGUUGAUGCGCCCUGCGAAGAUUAGUAUUCCUAUAUAUACUUUUCCAAUAUUUUUGAGUAUCCUUUGACAAUAAUCACAUAACCCAAUGGAUACUAAAGUAGAAGAUGAUCCGCUGGAUCUCAGAGCCUCUGAAUUCAAAAGUGCGUUAGAUGCACAGCCAGAUCCACAGCCGGAGGAGAGCACACAGCCCGAUUUCGAGAUCAAGAACAUCGACUGGGUUGCUUGUAAGGACUUUACACUCAGUGUAGGAAAAAAGCAAAUCGAGGAGUACAUGUGCACCUGGGAGAUGAACCCGAAAUGGCUGUUCAGCGUCCAGUUCCUGCAGGAGCGUGAACUGGAGUAUGAAAAGCAGUUCCUCUACAGGGCGCUGUGGAGCAUCCCGACCAGCCGCCGUCCGAUACCUGCUCACACAGCGUCGGUCUACUUCACCAUCAGCAUCUCCAAAAUCAAACCACAAACUAAUCCUGUGCAAGUCCGAUUUCAGCUUGAAUUCAGCAAGACCACGCAUGUUCCUGGAAAAACGAUAUUCCGUGAGAAAUGGCUGAACGACUCGAUUGAAAACAAGUCACUGCUUAUGGAAACCAUCACUUUUAAGAAAUAAAAAUACAAGCAUGGGGUUUAAAUGGACACAAACCAACAAAUUACCAUUGAACUGUUUAAACUCUGAUUAAUGCUAGUUCUAAACAUUGAACUAAAUUUAUUUAUCAAAAUUGAAUGCAUAUACAUUUGACCCUGUUAUAACUUUAAUGUUAAGUUAUGACUGUGAGAAGCAUCCAGUGUGUAAACGGUUCAGUUGAAUGAAAUGGCUUUUGUAUAUGAGAGCAUUCAGUAGCCAGAUGGUUGCCAUAAGGCUACAGUAACUUAACCACUCUGUACAAAUGUGGUGUAGAAAAAAGAAAGGUUUCUCAAUAUGCAUCAAAGCUUAUUAAAACUUGGGGCAGAUGAGCAUGUAGAACACAAGUGUAAUCACACUCUUGAUAUCACACAAAUGAGGAUGGGUUCCCCUUUUGAGUCUGGUUCCUCUCAAGGUUUCUUCCUCAUAACAUC